CCAGCGUAAAUCCCACUGAUGCUCUCUGGAUUGGCCGUCAGCUGCAACAGUGUUCUGGAGAGCUUCUCAAACUGUGCUCAGGAAAGCAGGAUAUGAGACAGUGCUGUGUCGCUCUCAGAGACGUGAGUCACGCAGCCGAGGACGAGCCGGAUAAUGGCUUAUCUCUCUCUCUCUCUUGCUCUGGAGGUCAUUGUGUACAGCGAGGCUCUUAAAGAGCUGUAGGUCACAUGACUCUCUCUGCUGGCUCUCACUGAGCAUGCUCAGUUCACUGUGUUGUCAGGCAAAAAAGAAGACGGCUCUGGAACAGACGAGAUCUGCAAUAGAUAAACACACAGCCGGAGAGGGAGCGCUAGUAUGGAAGGGCGCUGCUAGUGCACAGUAACUCUGCCGUAUCGGAUGGUUUGGGGCCGUGUUUCUGUAUGCAUUGUGCUGUUCAUCCGCUGUGUGUCGUGUCGGAGGAGAAGCAUCCGUCUGGCGGUCGCUCCAUCCUCGCUGAAGAAAGCACAGAGCUCAUCUUACUGAAGACAUCUCCUGUCGUCCCAGAGCGCCUGCUGUUUUGUGUUUUGAGCUGAAAUGGAUCAGAAAAGCUUCAUCCUGUUAGAGACGCGUCUGUGAACACCGGAGCCAAUGGAUAUUAAAGGCCAGGGCUGGACGGAUGAAGAAUCGGAUGGAGAGAACGAACCGGAGCAGUUCCUGUACGGGAUUCAGGGGAGCUGUGCAGCCGACCUGUACCGUCACCCACAGCUGGACGCUGACAUCGAGGCUGUAAAAGACAUUUACACGGACAGCGCUGUGUCCGUCAGAGAGUACGGCACCAUCGAUGAUGUGGACAUCGACCUGCAAAUCAACAUCGGCUUCUUGGAUGAGGAGGUGGCGACCGCAUGGAAGGUGAUCCGAACGGAGCCCAUCAUCUUACGCCUCCGUUUCUCUCUCUCACAGUAUCUGGAUGGACCGGAACCGUCUGUGGAGGUGUUUCAGCCGUCCAAUAAAGAAAGCUUCAGUUUGGGCCUUCAACUAAAGAAAGGUAAUUCCAGCGUGAACUCAUCCGCUGGCUGUGGCCUCCAUCUUGGCUCCAGGUCUCCCAGUUUCCCCCUGAUCCAGGACACAGUGUUGAAAGGCAAACUGAACGUGCCCGAGCUCAGAGUCACCCGGCUCAUGAACCGCUCCAUCUCCUGUACCAUGAAGAACCCCAAGGGGGAGCUGUUUAGCUAUCCUCCGAACAGCCAGACUGUGGCUGUCCCGGCGGGCAGGGCCCCUGCGCAGAUUACCACCCGCCAGCUGAUUGAGUUGUUUUUCUCAUCCCAGGCGGGCGGACACUGCAAGAACAUCCCCACGCUGGAGUACGGCUUCCUCGUGCAGAUAAUGAAAUACUCUGAGCAGCGCAUCCCCACUCUGAACGAAUACUGCGUGGUGUGUGACGAGCAGCACGUCUUCCAGAACGGAUCCAUGCUGAAGCCUGCGGUUUGCACGAGAGAGCUGUGUGUGUUUUCCUUCUACACGCUGGGAGUGAUGUCCGGAGCGGCUGAGGAGGUGGCCACCGGCGCUGAGGUGGUGGACCUGCUGGUGGCCAUGUGUCGCGCCGCUCUCGAGUCGCCCCGUAAAAGCAUCAUCUUCGAGCCGUAUCCAUCUGUGGUCGACCCUAAUGACCCCAAAACGCUCGCCUUCAACCCGAAGAAGAAGAAUUAUGAGCGUCUGCAGAAAGCUCUAGACAGUGUGAUGUCUAUUCGGGAAAUGACACAGGGAUCGUAUCUAGAGAUUAAGAAGCAGAUGGAUAAACUGGAUCCUCUGGCUCAUCCGUUACUGCAGUGGAUCAUAUCCAGCAACAGGUCUCAUAUUGUGAAGCUGCCGCUCAGUAGGCAGCUGAAGUUCAUGCACACAUCUCAUCAGUUUCUGCUGUUGAGCAGCCCACCUGCAAAAGAAGCUCGAUUUCGCACCGCAAAGAAACUCUAUGGCAGCACCUUUGCCUUCCAUGGCUCCCAUAUUGAAAACUGGCACUCGGUUCUGAGGAAUGGACUGGUCAAUGCCUCUUAUACUAAACUGCAGCUGCAUGGAGCAGCGUACGGGAAGGGCAUCUAUCUGAGCCCCAUAUCCAGUAUUUCCUUUGGAUACUCAGGAAUGGGGAAGGGCCAGCAUCGCAUGCCCACUAAAGAUGAGUUAGUCCAGCGAUAUAAUCGAAUGAACACAAUGCCACAGAGUCGCCCCAUACAGUCACGGUUCCUCCAGAGCAGGAACUUAAACUGCAUCGCUCUGUGUGAAGUGAUCACAUCCAAAGACCUGCAGAAACAUGGCAACAUCUGGGUGUGUCCGGUGUCUGACCACGUCUGCACACGCUUCUUCUUCGUGUGAGUGUCUCUCUGAUUGAUCACGGCAAUCUACGG